GGCUAUUUCAGGUACAGGAUGGAGGGACAGGGCAGUGUGUGGCGAUACCUCGUGUUUUGUGACGUUCCCGGCAAUGCGCUCCACAAUGGCGCGGCAUGUGGCAGUUGUUCUCUCCUGGGCUGUCCUCCUGCAAGAGUGUGGAGUGCAGGCCCAGCAGAGCUGCUGUUAUGGGAAGACCAGACUUGCCCAUGGAGAGACAGCGCUGACCCUGGAACGCUGCUGUGUGUCCUUCGUAUGCAACAAUGGGGACAUGCAGACAGUGCACUAUGGCAAACCCGAGACUGGCAACUGUCAUGAGAAAGUGUGUGAGUUUGAUGGGCAAGUCUACCCCAAUGGAACAAAGCUGGCGGCCCACUGCAGCGGUUUGGUGUGCGUGAAUGGCCAGUGGAAAGCGACGGGCAUUAUUGAAGACUGUUGUGCACACUGCUUCUUGUUCAAUGCCCAUCAUGUGGAUACCUUCGAUGACAACCACUACAUGUGGGGCAGGUCGUGUAACUACAGCAUAGUGCAGACUGGCCUCACACACCAGCCCAGGGUGGCGGUCUUCAGUACCUUUGAGCCGUGCUUCGGUAUUAAUAGCCAGCAAUAUUGCCUCCAGCAGACCACCUUCAGAAAUGACCCCCACACUCUGAUCACCCUCAGGAACAAACCUGGUGAUGCAAUAUUUGAUAUCCUGGUGAAUGGCAAUGGUUACACUGUGCCAGACAACGUGGUACAGGAAGUGAGGUCCUCCCCUGGACUGACCCACAAUGUGCUGGCCUGGCGAGAGUUGGGCUGUGUCUUUCUGCUUGGCUCCUCUGGUCUGACGAUAAAAUAUUGCCUGCAUCGGAUGGAUGUGUGGGCAUUUCCAACACUCUCCUCCACCCCUGAUUCCCUCCAUGGUCUAUGUGGACACUUCAAUUUCUACCCAAGUGAUGAUAUGACAGCUCGGGAUGGCGUGGUCUACCCUGUCAACACCUUUCCCUUGGCUUUCCCCGAGUCUUGGAGGACACUGGAGCAGGUUCAUCCUCAGUGCAGUUCACCAGUGUUGAACAUCUAUAGCAGUUUAACAUCUAGUGAUUCCUGUGAGGCAAGUGCAGUCAAAAAGCAGGAGUACCAUGUGAGAUGCAGCAAGUUCCUCCAUCCUGUAUUGGGUGUGGACACAGAGCUCAAAUUCCAUGUUGAUGCCUGUGAACAUGAUCUUUGCUUGAUGGAUCAAGGUGGAGUAUCUGAGGCAGAGCAGCAGAGGUGGCUGAUUGAGACUGUGAAGAUCACCCAGCACAGCAAGUUACUCCUGGCCCAGAUUAAAGGAGUGUUUGUGCCACAUCCUCUGUUUGCUCCUCUGGAAGGAUUCUGUGUUCCUGGCUCCUCAUGGACUGUUCAGUGUAAUAGAUGUUCAUGUACUGAGGAUAGAUCAGUGCCAGUGUGUACCCUUAUUGCUUGUUCAGAAGACUUUGUGCCAGAGAUCGGGGGUGAGUUCUGCUCUAAUGGGUCUCGGUGGCGGAGCGAUGAGUGUAAUGUUUGUGUGUGCAUCAACAAGGGCAUCGUUUGUUCCUUUGAUGAGUGCUCCAACAUAACCCCCUCUGCCCAGACAGCCUCCACCUUCUCCACACUGUCCUUAUCCUCGCUGUGCAAAAUGCGCCCAGAGCCAGGCCUCUGUGACCCCGUCCUGAAGUGGUACUAUGAUCUUGGGAGUGGCAGGUGCUCACAGUUCUUCUCCACUCACUGUGGUCAAAGCCAUAAUACGUUUGACUACAAGGAGGUUUGUGAGACAAUGUGUGGCUUUCUCACCACCUCCACGACAGUGACUCCGGCUACUCCAGUGCCACUGCUGUGCUACAUGAAGUGGGAUGCCGGCACCUGUAGGGGGCUGACCUCAAGUAUUACUACGCCCCAAAGGCUGGCACCUGCAUCCCACUUUAUUACUCGGGCUGUGGUGGGAAUGACAACCGAUUUGACUCCAUGGAAGAGUGUCUGCAUGUAUGUGGGCGGGGCAACACCACUACGACAGAUGCCACCUCCACCACCACCACCACCACCACUGCUGCCAGAUCCUGUCCUUCUGAAAUGCUUAUCUGCCCGCUGGACUGUGGGAUAAAGUACAUCAUCGAUUUUGACACUAACUGUCCCAGGUGUGUGUGUGAUGUCCCCACCUCUGUCUCCCCAUGCCCUUCAGAAUUCUCCAUCUGCCCUACAUAUUGCCCUGUUGUUGUGGUUACUGAUCCUUUGACCAAAUGCAGAAUGUGUGUGUGUAGUCCGGUUCUUCCUCCUCCAGCCUGAAGCACCCUAUAGUUUGAGCUUGUCCCUCCCUUGCCCACUGAGCCUGAGUCACAUUGUGUAGACUGUUAAAGGAUGAAAGAGUUUGAAAGGAAAUAACAAUGUCAUAUUCGAUCUAUGCUUGAUAAUUUAGCUUUCCCUCUAACCAUACAAUGUUGUCAUUAAGUAACCUGCACUUGUUUUUAUUAAAUUAGAUCUUUCCAACAUUUGACAAUAUUUAAAUUGAUGAACAUUGUGACUGUAAUUUGAAGAUAUAAUAAAAUUAAUCAUUUGUUUUUCUGUUGUUAGUCUUCAAUGGUUAGACUCUGCUUGUGGUGAUGCAAGAUUGACAUUCAUUUUUGUGAUUUUUAAUGGUUUUGUAAAGAAGAGGUCCUGAUGCAGAUGCUGUCUGAGUUAUGGUUAGCACCCAAACCAUGCCGGAUUGGUUUGGUUACUUGGUUAUAUUUUUCAAAUAAUGCUUCCUGGCAAAUAAUGCUUCCUGGGGAACUCCAGCUUUAGAAAGAACCAACAAUAUCUGAACACAACCAUUCAGCCACAGUCUUCCAUUAAAUGAAUUUAUCUGUGUACAUGAAUGUAACCUGAUCAGUGUUUGUGGUGAAGACUGCAUGGACUUUAUACGUACAUAAAUAUGUGUACAUACAUACAAACAUGAAAUAAUAAGACAAGGUACUCACAGGUACAUACACUAACAGUUAGUCUUGGGGAAAGAUGUGCUAUUAGUAUGUCAACAUGGACAAUUGUGAUAUUAAAACUAUUAUUGAAAGAAUAUUUACAAUAGGAAGAUUAUGAUAUUUGAAAUUAAGAUUAGAUAUUUCCAGGACAUGGUGUUCCAUAUGAGUAUUGGUAGAAAAUUUAUCCUUGGUUCUAUCUAACCUAGUAAAAAAUAGUAUUGAGAACUUUCAAGUACAGUGUAGACAGAAUCCCAAUGGUGCAGUACAUGAUUUGUCCUGAAAUCUGCAACAGGCAAAUGCAUGUAUGGAGUGGGCAAUGAGUCACCAUGAUGAAAUGAACUUGCUGAAGGAUGACACUUACUUAAGUAACUCUUCGGAUUUGGUGAUCUUUUUGGGAGUGCUUUGCUUCAUGUUUUAAUAAAUUUAGAUUGAGGUUUUUUUUCUCUUCAAAGGCCACAAAUUUAUUCAUUUGUUUUUCAUUGUUUUGAAUCCUUAAUGGUGCAAAAUCUUUGGUAGUUAUGAAAAUAUCCCUGAAAUCUUUGCAGUUUCCAAUAAGAUAAUAGGGAUGAGAUGGUAGGAUGAGGUGUCUUGCAUUAGAAGAACUGCUUAUGUUAAAAUAAAGAUUGAGAAAAAUA